GUAUAAGGCGCUGGAUGGGGCGGCGAAUCCCUACAUGGCCCUGGCGGCGAUUGCGGUGGCGGGCAUGAUGGGCCUUUCCGCACAGCUCGCCCCGCCCGAGCCCUGCCAGGUGCCCCCCGCGCAGCUGCCCCCGGAGGAAGCUGCGAGGUUGGGGGUCCGGCCGCUGCCUGGGAGCCUGCAGGAGGCACUGCAGGGACUGCAGACAUCUGAAAGCGGGAAGGCCUUCCAGGCAGCCUUGACAGAAGCUAUCGGCGCCCCGCUGCUGCGAGCGCACCUGGCUGUGCGGCAGGCUGAGGCUGAGCAUGCUCCACUGGACCACAUGAGCGAUCUGCUCCUACGGUAUACUUAAAGGCCUGAUGUCGUGGCUGAAGUAUGCACCCCUUGCUUGCAAACUUUGUGGGUUUCCAAGCACCUUGUGGGGGUCCCUACGGUGCGUUUUGAAGGUCUUAGCAGAGUGAAGUUAGGGCAUAACAGAUUGCAGCUUGCUAAUUUCCUUCUAUGAAUCGUUAGUCCGAGGGGCUUCGGGCUACCUGUUGCUGCAACGCUUGCGUGAUGACCUGGGGCUCUGGGCUGUCUUUGGCCCUUGGUUGAUCAUCGUUACGUCUAUAACAAUAUACGUUUAGACCUACAUAGGGCACUCCUUUACGGAGUUCCUGUACGGAGGCUGUCCUGGGGGUGAGUGGUUUCCAAGGCCUGGAUCCAACAGAAUCCAAGUUAGCGACUGCUUCGCCUUCCCUUUUUACCUAAAGAACCUUAACAGAGCGAUUCUUCUUACGCGCGGACCUUGAUACACGAUUUUUGUAUACGCAAAAGGUCCCUGAUGUUGACAGGGUCGCUGACUCACAAUGGCCCGCCCGCUAGAACAUAACGCAUCGCGAAGAGAUGCAUCAGGAGCAAAGAGGGGGUUGCCGCUCCCAAGGAUAGACGGGACAUCGCUGAUUUCCCUCCUCCUGGUCUUCGCGGCCGCCGCUGCUCUGCCUCCACGCGCCCGCCUCACGCUGCUGGGAUCGGAGCUCCUUUUCGCGGCCUCCAGCGCCCUGCGAUACCGCCGACAUAACGCCGGGACGGCACCCCCAACAGCUGGGGCCACUUCAGCAAGCAGCGACCCUAGGGCCCUCCCACGUCGGCGCGCAGCGUCUUCCACGCCACGCAGCAAACGGCAGCCACUGCCGUUCCCAUUCCCAUUCCACCAACUACUACAACGGCGCCCUCAUCCACACCACUUACAACCGCCGCAAAGCUGCAGCCAGCAAGCUCCGCAGCGGCACGCCUCCACCUGCCACGUUGAAGGAGGAGGAGGAGGAGUACGGCGUACCCAGCGGUUUGCGCUGCUGUGGAUUCCCCAUUGGCGCUGGCGACUGCCUCUGGAGGCCACUGCCGCACCUGACGACGCAUGCACAACAGGCACCGACGCAAAACACGUAGAACAGGUUAUCCGUACGAGCGUUUCCAGCGUUGCCGUUGGUGACGAUCCUGGCGUGUCUCAACCGCAACCGCUGCCGCCGCAAGCAGAGCAGCAGCCCCUGCUGCAGGGUCCCAGGCAGCGCCGCUCUUUCUGGGGCAGAGGCAAGGGGCGCGCCGUAACUGUUGGAUUCAUAGGUAGCUGUACGGCAGCGGGCACCGGAGACGUCGUUGCUUGGGGUGGUGGUGAUGCUGCUGCUGCUGGUGGUGGUGGAGAAAUGGGCCGUAGCCCAGAAGAAGACACGGUGCAUGGCUGCAUGCAACAGCAGCUGUCGGAACUGCGCACGGAUCUUGACUUGCAGUCGGACGUUGCGGCGAGGGCUGAGCUGCUCCUGGACAAGCUGUUGGACCCACGGGAGGGCCACCUUCCCCUGCUGCGCGGCGGCCACCUGCUGUCCCAGUGGUUCAGCGGGCUGGCGGGGCCGCACCAGCUGCACCUCACCCACCUGCAGCUGCUGCUGCAACACCUGCUGUUGCCGCCUGCCACCGCAACGCUGGAGGCCGCUAGUGCUGCCAAUGCUAUGACGACGGCAGCAGGUACACAGCGAUACCAGCUCCGGCAACAACAAUCCACCAAUGCUGUCCAGGUAGGGGUUGGCAGCGGCGGCGGGUACGGCGAGAUCCAUGUGGCGGCGGCAACUCCCUACAACGGUAGCGGAGGAAGCGGUGCCGUACCAGGAAACCCACAUGACCGCGGUGUCGCUUCUCCUUCUUCGUGCCAUGGUGCAUCAUCAACUCCGUCGCCAGUGCUCAUUGCCGCACCCGGCGACCCUGCACUGACCCAUGGGGCGCACCACGACUCGGAGGCGCACCGGUACCUACAGGCGCUAGCGACUCGCCUGAUGGAGAGGCUGGAACUGCCGGCUGCUGCUGCUGCUGAGGCGGCGGCGGCGGCGGUGCCCGCGACUGGCGCAGGCAGCAUCGGCGGCGGCAUGAGCUGCACCGCUGAGGGAGGAGGCUGUGGCGCCGUGGCCGCUGCUGCUGCCGCUGCCGCUGCUGCUGGAGGUGGAGGAAGCGGGGUUACACAUGAGCCGACGGCAGAUGGCAGCAUCAGCACCGCUGGCGGCGCCGCCGAAGCGACCCUGACGCCAGCCUCCGGAGCUGCGCCCCACAGCCCGAGCACACCGCAACCUACUGGCGCUGCGUACUCCCCACUUCACACACCUCUCCUACCUACCACCAAUCUUCCCAGCUGCUCCACCCCUCCCUCGCCCGCUUACGCUUCCUCAGCACCAGCACCAGCUUCCAUCUCACCGCCCAUCGCGGCCUUCGUCGGCCACCCUUUCGCGUCCAGCCCUCCUUCCGCGACUCCCUCAACUCUCUCUCCGGCUGCUCCCGCCACGCCUCUUCCCGUCACUCCUCCCCCUGCUACCUCCACCACUCCUCUCCUCACUGCCUCCACCACCCCUCUCCUCACUUCCUCCACCACUCCUUCCCCCGCUGCCUCCACCACUCCCUCCCCCGCCGCUGCUCCCGUCACGCUCCUCUCCGCCUCCUCCGGCCCCCUGCCCGCCAGCUACCGCCCGCUCACUUUCUACCUGCUCACGGAGGCGGUGGCGGGCGCCACACACAUCGCGCUGCGGCUCAUGGGCUUCAGGCUGGCGGGCGUGACACCCAGCGGCGCGGCAGCGGUGUACGAGUGGAGCCCCCCGCAGGCGGGGA